GUUUACGUCAAAGAGUUGGUCCACAAUAUAUUAGACAUGCAGAAGAGGGGAUGGACUGCGAACAUGCCGUCCGUCACCAACACUCCUCUCGUCAAUCCAUAUCUGAACACAAAUUUGGCCGAAAAAAGUGCCGCCAAUUCGACUGAUUAUUAUGAAGAGUACAACUAUUCUGAUGAAGAAGACUUCCAGGCCAGCUAUGAUUUCGGUCAAUGCGGCGAUGAAGACGACUCCGAAGUGUGCGAUGCAUUUGAAGAAUUUCUCAAGAAUUCGGGCCAAAACUAAAUGAAAC